UCAUGUAUUGACGUUUUUAUUUGUAUGUGCGGACCAUGAUUUAAGUUAAACUUGUAUCACUAGGUUUUAUUUUGUUUACUUUUUCAUUCAUUCAUUUGAAAUGUGUAUUAUGCUUUGCUGUUUUUGCAAGCUAGUGUUUGGUUUGGGCAUGUUUAAAGUGUUAUAAUAUUCGGACAUUGACUAAUCGGCUAUGAAUUUGACAAAUGUUUACAGAUAUUCUUAACAGUCCUGGUGGUAGCGGCAAAUGUUCUCCAGUAAGUUCACCUCAAAGAGCAAAGUCAGAAAAAAUGAAUUCCUCAAUAAAAGUUUCUGCAGCCAACAAAGAGACUCCACUGCCAAAUAUCAAUGAAAGACUAGGUCACCUUAGGCCCUCACGUGAGUUGCUAGAGUAUUACAGAAAAAAGAUCGCUGAAUACGAUGAGGAACAUGAGGGUCUCGUGUCAAAGCUGGAAGAGUAUAAAGUUACUUAUGAGGAACAGCACAAGUUCCAGUGGGAGCUGCGGCAGAGGGAGGAGGAGAUAGUGGAGCUACAGAAGGCACUUAGCGACAUGCAGAUCUACCUGUUCCAGGAGAGAGAACAUGUCCUAAGGCUGUACGCAGAGAAUGAUAGGCUCAAGAUCAGGGAGUUAGAGGACAAGAAGAAGAUUCAGCAGUUAUUGGCCCUGAGUGGUACACCAGACAGCGAGAUCACGUACUUCCACAAGGAACCACCCGCUAAGGCUGUUGUGGAACAGAAGGCACCAAAACGACCACAGAGUGCCACCCUGCAAACGAAGAAAGAGAGCAAGAAAUCUGGCAACUCCUCCCCCACAAAAGGGGGCGUGGCAAUAUCAGCUGAGGUCAAAUAUCAGCACGACAACCAGGCCCUCUCCUUGCAGGUGGAGUCCCUUCAGGCUCAGAUACAAGAGCAGGCAAAACUGGCAAAAGAACAGGUGCAGGCUCUGAUUGAAGAUCGGCGUGUGAAAGAGGAAGAGCUUGAGACGAGAAGACAGCGAGAUGAGGCCAAGAUUCACACGCUUACUGAAAAAUUGCAUAAAACACAGGACCUGUUGUAUGAAAGUACGAAGGACUUCCUGGAGUUGAGGUAUCAAGGUCGCGCUAACGAGCGGCAGUGGAUGGCUGAGAAGGACAAGCUUCUUAGAGACCUUGAUCAGCACAAGCAGCAGCUGAAACUGACGCCAGCCGAUAAUGUGUUGAAUACGUCCAAUCUCUAUGAUAGCAAAUCUCACUAUAUAGAGGAACUUAAGUCUCUGGAGUACCAACUGCAGCAGUCUCAGAAGCUGGCAGAAAUGUACCGGGAGCAGGUGAUACAGUUGGAGGAUGAGUUGUCACGUAUACGGGAGGAGGGAGACGUAACCAGGGAGAUAUUCAAGGAUCGUGGUGACAAGAUGAGUAAGAGGCUGAAGCUGAUGAACCAGCGGUACCAGGACCUGGAGAGGCGGAGAAACCUGGAGGUCGAGGGCUUCAAGACCGACAUCAAGAACCUCCGCACACGACUCAAAGAUGUGGAGAGGCAGCUAUACAAGGUCACCAUAGGAUUCAGUGAGGAUAUGGAUAUCAAGCGUCCAGAUGACUUAGAUAUGCAAAUAUUGCGCAACAUCAGGGCUACCUCGGGCCGAUCCAAGAAAAUGGUCGGCGAACUGAAAAAUCUUAAGUCCAAAAUGUACAGCAUUGAGAAUGAUCUAAAACAUUUAUAAAUAUGAAGUUAAUAAACAAUAUUUAUGAAUGUAUGGAUAUAGUUGUUUCAUCUGGAAUAUGGUGUGUAUGUUUUCUUGAUACAUGCUUUCUCUUCUUAUUGUGAACUGAAAAACAGAAUUUUAAUAAAUAAUUGAAAAAAAAUGGUAUGAAACAGGUGAAUGCCUGCGUAUGGUUUUAUAAUUUAUCUCUUGUCAGUUGUCUUGAAUUAAAAAAAAAUAACAGCUUAAAAUAGUCAUAUAUAUGUCUAGAGUCUGUACAAUAUAUGUGCUUCUUCGUUUUCCAAGUAUAUAAAGUUAUACUGAUACAUAGUAACUACUGGGUUGUUUCUUUUUAGUACCAGCAUUUCAGAUCAUUUCAAAAAGGCAUUCAUCUUUUGUUUAAAUGUUAUUAUACAUAAAAGAUGUUGUAUUUGUGACUCACCAUAUGUAAUUUCGUUUCAUCCAUGAACGCACUGCAUGUACAUGAUGUUAAUUGUCACCAAAAAGGCAUUUAUAAUCAGUUUAAUGUGCAGGUUGAAAUAAUGUUCUACAUUCUUUCAAUCCAAUUCAUUUACUAGAUUAAUGGCAUAUUACAAAACAUUCAUGUUCACACUGUAUGCACUCAUCAGAAAUUCUUAGUGAUAUAUUGUGAUGAAAUCAGAAAAGAAAACCUCUUGUUUGGUCUGGGGAUGUAUAAUACGCUGACCUUUACCCUUGAGGAAGUGAACUGAGUCGAUAUAUUUUUUUAUGUCCCCCACUAUAGUAGUGGGGGACAUAUUGUUUUUGCCCUGUCUGUUGGUCUGUCUGUUUGCGCCAACUUUAACAUUUUGCAAUAACUUUUGCUAUAUUGAAGAUAGCAACUUCAUAUUUGGCAUGCAUGUGUAUCUCAUAAAGCUGCACAUUUUGAGUGGUGAAAGGUCAAGGUCAUCCUUCAAGGUCAGAGGUCAAAUAUAUAUGGCCAAAAUCGCUCAUUUUAUGAAUACUUUUGCAAUAUUGAAGAUAGCAACUUGAUAUUUGGCAUGCAUGUGUAUCUCAUGGAGCUGCACAUUUUGAGUGGUGAAAGGUCAAGGUCAUCCUUCAAGGUCAGAGGUCAAAUAUAUGAGGCCCAAAUCGCUUAUUUUAUAAAUACUUUUGCAAUAUUGAAGAUAGCAACUUGAUAUUUGGCAUGCAUGUGCAUCUCAUGGAGCUGCACAUUUUGAGUGGUGAAAGGUCAAGGUCAUCCUUCAAGGUCAGAGGUCAAAUAUAUUUGGCCCAAAUCGCUUAUUUUAUGAAUACUUUUGCAAUAUUGAAUAUAGCAACUUGAUAUUUGGCAUGCAUGUGUAUCUCAUGGAGCUGCACAUUUUGAGUGGUGAAAGGUCAAUGUCAAGGUCAUCCUUCACAAGGUCAAGGUCAUCCUUCACAAGGUCAAGGUCAUCCUUCAAAGUCAAACGUCAUAUAGGGGGACAUUGUGUUUCACAAACGCAUCUUGUUAUUUUUAAAAUUUUCAGUCUUAAAAUGUGUUGGCCGCCCAUGGGUACAAAAGGGUAAAUUUCAAUAUUUUUGGUUGGAUUAAAGAAAUAAUUGUGGAGAAGUUAUAAUAUAAUAGUUUUGUUUAUGUUCUUUUAUCUUUAUAUGAUUUAUAUGAAUAUGACAUAUAUUUGCAGUUUAUAUUUUUUAUUUUGGUAGUAAUUUUCGCAAAAAAUAUAAACCGUAACUAACCAACUAGAACAAUUAUAAAAUUGAUGAUGCCCAAUUUUGCUGGCCUGUAUUCUGUGAUAGUAUUUGUAGAUAUUGUAAAUGUAUUUUAUUGAAUCUAGAAUUUAAUAAACUAUGUAAAUAGUGA